CCCAAUGGGCCAGUAAAUCAGACUAUUUCUGAGAGAUACCUAAAAGAGCGAUUCCACGCGAAUUCGCCGGAUUCCAUUCUACCGUCGCAGCGCUUCCAUCGUCGCCGGUAAACUGAUUAUAUUUUCCGGCAUGGAGGAAGAGAUGACGAGUCGUAGAGUGUCGAGUCGGACUCGUAAGGUUGCUUCGAAGAUGGCGGCGGCUCUUACGAGCACCGACAAUCGAAAUCAGGCUGCUAUAGCUCGGCUUGAGGCUUUAGAGAAUGACAAUGGGGCCAUUGAGGUGGUAGAUGCGAACGAUGAUGAAGAAGCCUCCCUUGACGAAGACGAUGAUCUCGGAUACACACAGAAGAAGCAGCCCAAGGGAUCAAAGCGUAAAACUCGACAAGCAAAAGCUUUGGAAGCUCGUAAAGCUCCUAAAUCCUUCCUUGAGCUCUUGCAGGAGGCAAAUUUGGAAUCUUUGCCGUCGCAUGUGCCCACUUACUUGAAAGCAGCCGUUGGACCUCCGAUUUCUUCUUCUCGUCGCCAUUUCUGCACAGUUUGUGGAUACAUCGCUGGCUACAAUUGCUGCUUAUGUGGGAUGCGCUUUUGUUCUAUUCGUUGCCAAAACAUUCACAAGGAUACUCGUUGCCAGAAAUUUGUUGCGUAAGAAAAGACCAGAAUGUAAACUUUUUUUCAUACAUGUAGUGAAACAUCAAUCUUCCUCUCUCUCU